ACUUGUGUUGGUUUAUUUAGUUAAACUUUUGUGUUUAGUUAGCUCCACAUCUGCAACGGAUCAUGCGGGUUAUAAAUAUAUUAUAUUAAACUCAGAGAAUGUGCGAAUUCAGUUAAUAUGAAUAUACUCUUGUAUGAUUAUUAAGGGGAUUGUGAUAAUACAUUAUGUACAAUGGGAUAACUAAAGGAUUUUAGAAACCAGUGAACGUAGAGAAUAUUGUACGUUGAGAAGAUAUGCCACUCUGAAAAGAUUUCCUACAUAAGACCAUAACAUGUACACUGACAUUGAGAGUGAGCACUCUGCAAGCCAAGAUGAACCAUGCACCAGCCAAUCAUUUUCAUUAACAUCAUUCGAACAGAUGAGCAGUUAUGAGUCGGUUGGUGAUUACCCGGAAUCUGACGACGAGCUACCUGAUAGUUCUAUUCUCGACAAAAAGUUGAAUAACAUCAGUAUCACGAAAAUAAACAUAAGCCUUUUCCAUAAUAUCGAUACCGCGGAAAAAAUAAUAAAGAACAUCACUUCCAGAAGAAAACGUAAACACAGUAAAGAUUUCCUAGGUCCGAAGAGAAAAUUAUCUAGAUUAGACAGUAAAGCGACAGACAUUUCUGCAUCCAAUUUGUCAAAUCAAGAUGUUCCACAAAGAUAUGACCUACAACCUGUCGUUACUUCGGAUACAGAUUUACGAACAGCAGAAACAUUUGAUUCUGGCAUAAAUAUGAGUUCAGGCAAAGAUUUACAGCAGAACGUAUCGACUGCAUCACAAAUAUCAUUAAAUGGUCAAACCUCUGUUGAAACGUUAGCUACAACUUCACAAAGAACCGAUUCAACUGAUGCAUACUCAACAAUACCCGCUACUUCAAAUUCAUGUAAAUAUUUUGGCUCUGAUAAUGUGCCAGAUAUAAGACCAGUUCUACUGAAAUCGCAAAUUAAUAACAUGUUAAAGGAAAAGGGAAUACAUUACAAACUGAAAUUGUAUCUUGUUGAGGCCAAGAAAGAGUCUUCAUUUUCCAAACUGUUUGCUGAAAUGGCGACAGUGAAAAGUCGUGAAAGGCUUUGUAAGGAAACGGAGGUUAGUAAAUCUUACAUCCUAUUCUUCUACAGGAAUGUAGAAAACAUAUCCAUUAAACCUGAAAUCUAUGCUUUAACCACUGGAUCCGCAUGGCAGAUAGUGUCGAAAUACGCAGACAAAAAAUUUACCAAAUUAGUAGAGAGACGGACACUUCAAUUUCCGUUUCACCAUGUAGAGUAUAAACGAGACAGUGGACAUGUCUCGAAAGAGAAACAGUGGGCACGACCAGGACAUGAGAUCACAUUUUCAACAUGGGAUUACCUCGGAAAAAUGGUAGGAAACCGAACAAGAAUUAUCCGAGAACAUUCAUCUCUAUAUGCAAAAUCUUUAGACGCAUUUCUGACGAAGACGGGAAAGCCUAUUGCAUCAAAGGUUCAACUAACCGAACGUAGUUUGAAAAUACAACGCAAAAUGAAUAUAACUCAACUAGGAUAUAUACUGGAUCACUUUUCAAAAAUAUGUUCAAACGAAAAGACAUAUCUCGUUAAUGAUGGAACUUGUGACGCAAGAAAGGAGGAAACCGAUGACCCCAUGUUUGAAAUGCAUGAUUUCAUGGCAAAUGUCUCUAGAAGAAAGCGCAUUCGAGAAUUAAACGAAUCCUUAUUCAAGGUACUGGAAGAAAGUAUGAACGGAUUUGAGUCACAUAUAGUUCUCAAUUAUUUGUCAGAUGAAAAAUGGCUAAAGGCAAAAGAAUUCAGACUUUACGCCCGCCCUCUGUCUGAUAAAACGGGCGCGACAUCAGAGACUGCGAAAAGGACUCGACGCAACAGAAAGAAAAUUGCUACCUGGUUUAAAUGUCCAAGACUUGACGAAGUUAUGCUCAGUUUACGGAAAAACUGUGGCAAAGAAUUCAAAGAAGAAUGGCUGGAAGAUGUAAUUAUUAAGUUCUGUGGUAUAGAAGCUCCGCUCAAGAACUGCAUUCACAGUCGCUUUAGUACAGCAGAUAUAGGAACAUACAUAUACAACCAUGGAGUGUGGGUAGAGAUAAAGGCACACUAUCUGUAUUGUAUUGAGAGAGACUUUGUCAAAAUGAUGAACGCACACUUACUAGAUGAAAACAAGUUACCGCUGCUUCUGCCAUGGAAACAUCCAGGGCAAAACAAAGAUAAGGAAUACAAAAUUAACCCAUUUGAUAAGGAAACGAUGGAGCCAAAAUGGAAAAUGCACUUCGAAAAACUAUGCGUCACAGCCCAGUUUCACGAAGUUUUGGAUGAAGCCGAAAAUUUGCCGGAAGUACAUAUGACUUUCAACUUUCAAAGUUUGAAGGAAAAGAACCUACAAGAGAAAGCGGCGCAUCUGUACAGACUGCUAGAAUGUAAUCUGAAUGAAGAUGACUACAAUGCAGCCCAUACAUUGCUGAACAUGAUCCUGCCUGACAAUUCUAAAACACAGGUUCUUACUUGUGACAAGAAAACGCCUCUAGGUAUUGAACUUUGUGAUAUUUUGAUUUUCGAUGACAGUACCACAUAUCUUGUACAUGUCAAAGCAGGCUUUGAUGGGGGUCCUAUUCGAGAAGUUUGCUCACAGAUUCGAAACGCAGCUGAUAAUAUUUACCGCGUGCAAACCAUUCCAAACGUAACUGGUAUCAUCGAUGAGUACUGGAAAGAGCUGACCAAAGAGGCACCAAAUCCUCAAACGCACGAGAAUGAAGUAAAAGCGCGUUUCGAAAGUAUGACGAAAGAUAAAUUCAAAGAAUUGUUUCAUCCGAAGCGGGAGAUUGUAUUUGUUCUUGCAUGUCGCGAUAAGAGAAAGCGCACAGAUUUUAGUCAGGAUAUACCUCAGUCUAUUGAAGUGAAUGUGACAGAUGAGAUAAAAGAAUGUUUUCCAGAAGAAGAGUGGUCACCGAUUAUCGAACGUCUAAAUAAAGAAGGAUAUUUGACACAACAGGGAGACCUUACGAACAAAUUCAUCAUAGAGGGCGGCAACAAAGAAGCGUUCAAACAGACAUUACAAAACUGGGAUGCUAUCGCGUCCGCAAAGAAAGCAGCUGCUGUCUUUAAAGUUCUUGUAUCCGGACUUCCGAUGUCAAAGUCGACUAUUGCCAAAAUGGAAAUCAUAAGGCUGACACAUGACUUUGAACGGUACUGGAUUGGUGAAAGAAAAUUGCAGCUCAAAAUAUGCAAAAUAGGAACUGAUUUUCCAGACUGUUGAAUUAUAUUGAUGACAACUUUAACAGUAAAAAUAAAAAGAAACUGUCUGGUAGAAACAUUGCAGAAAUGUUAAAAAUCUUCUGGAAAAGAUUUCAAAAUACGACUAUUGUAUUUGGCGUUUAUUUGACAUAAACGAAUCAUCAGAUAUUGCCUCAUAGAAGUCCGGUUUCCGAACUUUU